AUGACGGCAACUCCUGUCAGUGGUGGUCACCAGGAUGCCAACCUUUGGGCCUCACAUAAGAAGAUGCUGGCAGAGCCCCUGAGAGACAGUGAUGUUGAGGUUUACAACAUCAUUAAGAAGGAGAGUAAUCGGCAGAAGGUUGGACUGGAGCUGAUUGCCUCAGAAAAUUUUACCAGCCGAGCUGUUUUGGAGGCCCUGGGCUCCUGCUUAAAUAACAAAUACUCUGAGGGGUAUCCAGGCCAGAGGUAUUAUGGUGGAACGGAGUUCAUAGAUGAACUGGAGCUUCUGUGCCAGAAAAGGGCGCUGCAGGUCUAUAACCUGGACCCCCAGUGCUGGGGCGUCAAUGUCCAGCCCUACUCGGGUUCUCCUGCCAACUUUGCUGUGUAUACGGCCCUAGUGGAGCCCCAUGGACGCAUCAUGGGCCUGGACCUGCCUGAUGGGGGUCACCUGACCCAUGGCUUCAUGACUGAAAAGAAGAAGGUCUCAGCCACAUCCAUCUUUUUUGAGUCCAUGCCCUAUAAGGUGAACCCAGACACCGGCUACAUCAACUAUGACCAGUUAGAAGAGAAUGCCCGCCUUUUCCAUCCAAAGCUGAUUAUCGCAGGUGUCAGCUGCUACUCUAGAAAUCUGGACUAUACUCGACUAAGGAAGAUUGCUGAUGAUAAUGGGGCAUACCUUAUGGCAGACAUGGCACACAUCAGUGGGCUGGUGGCAGCGGGGGUAGUCCCAUCCCCUUUUGAACACUGCCAUGUGGUAUCCACUACGACCCAUAAGACCUUGCGAGGCUGCCGGGCUGGCAUGAUCUUCUACAGGAAAGGUGUCCGCAGUAUGGAUCCCAAGACAGGCAAAGAGAUUUUGUACAAGCUGGAGUCACUCAUCAAUGCUGCUGUCUUCCCAGGCCUCCAAGGAGGACCCCACAACCACGCCAUUGCUGGGGUUGCUGUGGCCCUGAAGCAAGCCAUGACUCCAGAAUUUCGAGCUUAUCAGCAUCAAGUGGUAGCCAACUGCAGAGCCCUGUCUCAGGCCCUGAUAGAGCUGGGCUACAGCAUAGUAACAGGUGGUUCGGACAACCAUUUGAUCCUCCUGGAUCUCCGUUCCAAAGGUACUGAUGGUGGAAGGGCUGAGAAGGUGCUGGAAGCCUGUUCUAUUGCCUGCAAUAAGAACACCUGCCCAGGUGACAAAAGUGCACUACGGCCCAGUGGACUCAGACUGGGGACCCCAGCACUGACAUCCCGAGGACUUUUGGAAAAAGAGUUCCAACAAGUAGCCCACUUUAUCCACAGAGGAAUAGAGCUGACGCUACAGAUUCAGGAGGAUGUUGGGGCCAAGGCCACCCUGAAGGAAUUCCAGGAGAAGCUGGCAGGCAAUGAGCACCACCAUGCAGUCAGGGCUCUGCGGGAGGAUGUGGAGAGCUUUGCAUCCCGCUUCUCUCUGCCUGGCUUGCCCGACUCCUAA